AUGGACUCGAUUCCCCUCGGCCAAGUACCCUUUGCUCCGACGAACGGCAGACUCUAUGAGAAAAGGCAGUUCCCCGUCAAAGAACGGCGCUUUCUUCGUCGCCAUAUCAGCAAACGGUACCAACUAGCGACUCUCAAGAGCUACAAGCGAUCUGAUUUCCCAGAUUUUCGGGAGUAUGCAAAGCCUUCACGACUUCUAGGGGUUUCCGAACCGAAACUCUGCACCGAGACAUCAUGGGAGCAAAGUAUUUCGUCGUCAUUCAGUGCAGGCGAUUCUCCUGAUUUCUACAAGGUAAAGCUACAGACAAGCAACAUGUAUGGAUCAGGUCUAGAUGAUCAAAAUGCUGGGGUGCUCUUGUGCUUGGUGGAUGAUAAAGGCAACGCAGUACUACAGAGGAUACCUUCCAUUUCAAAGAGCAGUUUGGCAGACUCAGCAGACAUUAUCGAGUCUGAAGUGGUACAUUUCCAACGAGGUGCCACUGAUGAGUUCUUCUUUGAAGGACCUCAACUGGGAAGGAUUGAAGCUUUGUGGAUUGGUGUUGAGUCAGGUCAAUGGAGAUUAGAUAGCGUGAGCCUGACUAAAUUUGAUGGUCCUCAACCUUCAUUGAGCAGAGUGGACGAAGUAAGCACAGUUCCGUUUUCUGGUUUCCAUUAUGAGUUUGAUGCCGAUGACAUUUUGCUUGGAGAGAAAGAUGAUUUAUCUAUGGUAGAACUUAGACCUCGUCAGAUUUCCAAGUUAUCAGAAGUCGACCCUCUUACCAUAUCGACUACAAAUUCUACUUCAUCGCCUAGCAGCAAGGUCUCCAAUGAGGAAAGCAUGAGAGAAUAUGCAGAUUUAAAACUGUCUUUGCUAUCCUACGACGCCAUGCUUAUUCUUGGCGGUACACUGCUUUUGAACUUCUCAGCUGGUGAAAACUCAGCCGUUGCAUUCUUGAUCGGUGGGAUGUGUGGUUUCUCUUACCUGUUGUUGUUGCAAAGAUCGGUGGAUGGUUUGGAAGUGUCAGGAAUGCCCUCGGGCGAUCGGAAUGGCAUGUUCAGUCAGGUUGGUGGAGGAGUUAUUAAGGGAACAUUACCAAUAGUGAGUUUGGCUUUGGGGUUAGGACUGACCUUAGCAGCAGCUAGAUACGGGUUUGGAGAUAUCGAUCCCUCUCUAGUGUCUCCAAAGGAACUGAUAGUGGGAAUGUUGGGAUUUCUUGUGUGUAAAGUUGCUGUUUUGAUGGCUGCCUUCAAGCCUAUAAAGAGUGACUGGUUCCAAAGAAAAACCCAUCACCCAAUGGCGAUGAUGAAUUCACGAGCUGAAGAUCAACCUCACUCCCAGUCAACCGCCAUGGAUGAGAUCUCAUCCCCAUCACAGCAGCAGCUUCCCAUAAGCACCACCACGAAGACGAUCAAGAAGAAGCAGCUGACUCUGAUCCCUCUCAUCUUCCUCAUCUACUUCGAAGUCGCCGGCGGGCCGUACGGCGAGGAACCGGCCGUACAGGCCGCCGGACCUCUCUAUGCCAUCCUCGGCUUCCUCAUCUUCCCUUUCAUCUGGAGCAUCCCGGAGGCUCUCAUCACCGCCGAGCUCUCCACCGCUUACCCUGGCAACGGCGGGUUUGUCAUCUGGGCCGACCGCGCCUUUGGGCCCUUCUUCGGAUCCCUAAUGGGCUCCUGGAAGUUCCUCUCCGGCGUCAUCAACGUCGCGGCUUUCCCCGUCCUCUGCAUCGAUUACCUCAAGAAGGUAAUCCCAGCUCUCCAAUCGGGCUGGCCGCGGACCAUUUCGAUUUGGGGGUCAACUCUGUUCCUCUCGUUCCUCAACUACACAGGAUUAGUCAUAGUAGGUUACUUCGCCGUGUUCUUGGGGAUUGUAUCUCUCUCACCCUUCAUAAUCAUGUCAAUCCUCGCGAUACCCAAAAUUAAACCUCGCAGAUGGAUCAGUCUCGGGGACAAAGGGGUGAAGAAGGACUGGAAUCUGUUCUUCAACACCUUGUUUUGGAACCUCAAUUUCUGGGACAGCGUCAGCACACUAGCCGGGGAAGUCGACAAGCCAGCCAAGACGUUCCCGCUAGCGCUACUGAUCGCAGUGAUCUUCACCUGCGUCUCUUACCUGAUCCCUCUCUUCGCCGUGAUCGGCGCCGUCGCGGUUGAACAAUCCGCCUGGGAAUCAGGGUUCCACGCCACGGCUGCAGAGCUAAUUGCCGGGAAGUGGUUGAAAUACUGGGUGGAGAUCGGCGCGGCAUUGUCUGCUGUGGGGCUCUUCGAGGCCCAGCUGAGCAGCUGCGUGUACCAGCUGCUGGGCAUGGCUGAUUUGGGCAUCCUGCCGAUAUUCUUCGCCCUGAGAUCGAAGUGGUUCAACACUCCUUGGGUCGGGAUACUGGUGUCGACGGUGAUCACACUGGGUUGCUCGUACAUGGACUUCGCGGACAUAAUUUCGUCGGCGAAUUUUCUGUACACGCUGGGGAUGCUGCUCGAGUUCGCGGCGUUCCUGUGGCUGAGGAGGAAGCUCCCCGAGCUGAAGAGGCCCUACAGGGUUCCAAUGAGGCUCCCCGGGUUGAUUGUGAUGUGCUUGAUUCCUUCUGGGUUCUUGGUGAUCAUCAUGGUGGUUGCUACAAAGACUGUUCUUUUGGUCAGUGGGCUAAUGACUGCUGGCGCAGUUGGGUGGUUCUUCCUGAUGAAGUUUUGUAAGGCGAAGAGGCUGUGCAUAUUCAACAGUGAAAGCAGCAGUGUUGCUGAAGAUGAAUGA